UUUGAAAGCUGACCUCGGACAUGAAUGUACAAAUGACUGGAACUGGUUGGCACGUGUACAUAAAAUGGGAUGAGGGACCCCAUUUCUUCUUCCUCUGAGGUGCAAAGCCAGUCUCCAUCUUCACAUCUGCCCUGCCGCCCGCAAUCCCGACUUCUUCCGCCCACGCCAGCCCCUUGCGUGGCUGCUCACGUUCAGCAGACGCUUGUCUGCACCCGCAACCACAGCGGCCCCAGCGCAAGCCCUUUGACACCCACCUCCCAGCGCAGUGUUCCAGGGCGCCCGCAGCCCCAGGGCUGGAGCUUCCAAUUGGCUGUUGCUAGGUGACGUCUCCUGCGCUCACGUGACGAGUGUUAUUAUGCCCACCCUGCAGGAGCCCUCCCAGCAGACAGCCGUAAAGCUCCCGUGGGCUGCUCACCUGCUUACGCCUGGCCCCGCCACUCCUACCCCUCCACGGCCCGCCCCCUGCCCGGGCCCGCGCUGGGCUAGCAGCCGAGGGCAGAGAGACGGAGAGAGGAUGCGGCCGGCGGCAGCGGUCCCGAGCAGUGCGCGUUGAUCGCCAACCCCGGAGGAGGAGUUGUCUAGACCGUUGCCACAUUUCUUGUUUUCAUCCCCCCGUCCCGUAAUCACAUUGGCUGCUGGAGGGGACAGGGAAAGACGGAGGAGGCGCCUCACUUCCCCCCUCUCUCCGGCCACUCUUGCUCUUUCCCGUCCCGGGCCAGAAUGACUGGAGUCUUUGACAGUCUCGUGGCUGAUAUGCACUCGACCCAGAUCACGGCCUCCAGCACGUACCACCAGCACCAGCAACCCCCGAGCGGCGGCGGCGCGGGCCCCGGCGGCAGUAGCCGCAGCGGCCUCCACAAGCCCCAGGAGUCGCCCACUCUCCCGGUGUCCACAGCUACCGACAGCAGCUACUACACCAACCAGCAGCACCCGGCGGGCGGCGGCGGCGGCGGCUCGCCCUACGCGCACAUGGGCUCCUACCAGUACCACGCCGGCGGCCUCAACGACGUCCCUUAUUCUGCCAAGAGCGGCUACGACCUAGGCUACACCACUGCCUACACCUCCUACGCUCCCUACGGGACCAAUCAGUCCCCGACCAACAACGAACCUGAGAAAGAGGAACUCGAGCCUGAAAUCAGGAUAGUGAACGGGAAGCCAAAGAAAGUCCGAAAACCCCGCACUAUCUACUCCAGUUUCCAGCUGGCGGCUCUUCAGCGGCGUUUCCAAAAGACUCAAUACCUGGCACUGCCCGAGCGAGCCGAGCUGGCGGCGUCUCUGGGCCUCACCCAGACACAGGUCAAAAUCUGGUUCCAGAACCGCCGAUCCAAGUUCAAGAAGAUGUGGAAAAGUGGUGAGAUCCCCUCGGAGCAGCACCCCGGGGCCAGCGCCUCGCCACCGUGUGCGUCGCCACCGGUCUCGGCGCCGGCCUCUUGGGACUUUGGCGCGCCACAGCGGAUGGGUGGCGGCGGCCCGGGCAGUGGCGGCGGCGGCAGCGGCGCCGGCAGCUCGGGCUCCAGCCCCAGCGGCGCAGCCUCGGCCUUCCUGGGCAACUACCCGUGGUACCACCAGGCCUCGGGCUCCACCUCACACCUUCAGGCCGCAGCGCCGCUGCUGCACCCGACGCAGACCGCGCAGCCGCACCACCACCACCACCACCACCACCACGGCGGCGGGGGCGCCCCGGUGAGCGCCGGGACGAUUUUCUAACGCCAGGGAGACUGC